ACUAAAUUUCCUCAAAAUAUUAAAAUGUUCGCUUCGCUUCGCCCGGUCCGGUUUUUCCGUUGAACUUUCCUCUCGGAUCAAAACAGCCGUAAAGUCGAAUUCCGUCAAAAUCAUCACAAUCGUCUGGAAUUGGAUUCAUCAAUCAGCUCAACGAUGCAGUUGUUACUAGUACUCGCACUAUCGAUCUCACUCUCUCUCCUACCAUCGAUCUCUUCAUCUUCCUCUUCGAACCAGCUCGUCAUCGAUGGAAAGGUGCUGGAGCUCACCGAAUCGACCUUCGACACCGCCAUUUCCACCUUCGAUUACGUCUUCGUUGACUUCUACGCCCCUUGGUGCGGCCACUGCAAGCACCUCUCUCCCGAGUUAGACAAAGCUGCUCUUGUUCUUGCUGAAUUGGGGGCGCCCAUAUUGAUUGCCAAAGUUAAUGCCGACAAGUUCACUCGUCUUGCUCGUAAAUAUGAAAUUGAUGGGUUUCCUACCUUAAAGAUAUUUAUGCAUGGCGUUCCAACAGACUAUUUUGGCCCAAGGAAAGCAGAACUACUUGUUCAAUACUUGAAGAAAUUUGUUGCUUCAGAUGUUGCCAUUCUCAAGUCUGACUCCGACAUAAUCAACUUUGUUGAGGCAGCUGGCACUGAUUUUCCUAUUUAUGUAGGGUUUGGUGUAGAUGAAUCCAUGAUAUCAAAUUUGGCUAUAAAGUACAAGAAAAAAGCUUGGUUUUCUGUGGCAAAAGAUUUUUCUGAGGAUGUCAUGGUGCUGUAUGAUUUUGACAAGGUUCCUGCUUUGGCAUCCUUUCAUCCAAAUUACAAUGAACACAGCAUAUUUUAUGGCCCCUUUGAAGAUCAAUUCUUGGAGGCUUUUAUAAAGCAGAAUUUGUUUCCUCUGGUUUUGCCCAUAAAUCGGGAGACAUUAAAGUUGUUGAAAGAUGAUGACAGGAAAGUUGUUUUGACAAUUUUGGAGGAUGAGGAAGAUGAGAAAUCAAAGGAAUUAUUCAAGCUAUUGAAGGCUGCUGCAUCUGCAAACCGCGAUUUGGUAUUUGGUUAUGUAGGUUUCAAGCAGUGGGAAGAAUUUUCCGAAUCAUUUGAAAUCACAAAGAGAACCAAAUUGCCGAAAAUGGUCGUUUGGGAUGGCAAUGAGGAGUACUUUUCAGUUAUUGGUUCAGAGAGCAUAGAUGAACACGAUCAAGGAUCACAAAUCACACGAUUUCUAGAAGGAUACAGAGAAAGAAGCGUAAUACAGAAACAAAUCAGCGGUCAAUCAUUUAUGGGCUAUAUCAACUCUUUGAUUGGCAUGAGAUUAAUAUACAUUAUCGUUUUUGCGGUUGCUGUGAUUAUGCUCCUCCAAACCAUCAACAAAGAAGAACCUCUCAGGGUUGGUACUAGGGACACCGAUGAUGGUGGAAGCAGCUCUACUUCUCCGGCUGAGAGCAAAGAGGUGCAUCGCUCUGGAGACAAGGAAGAUUAAGCUUGGGGUUUGCCUUUGGUCACUGCACAUGGUGAAACUAAGAAUGCUUUAUAAGCUGUGCUUGGAUAAUGGAUUUGCGGAAGCUCUAACUGAAGGAAAAUUAUGGAAACCAAGAUUUCUUAAUUUGGCUUCUUCAAAUCUUCCUUUUCUUUCCCUCCAUCUAUCCCUUGAGAAAAUCAUAAUACAGAAUACAGUGUAUCCGCCUCGUAUUUUAGAUGAGCUUUUUAAUUUUGCAAUUUUGCUCGCAUGAUUCGACCGAUAAUGACGCGCGUGUAUUUUGAUGCAUACGCUGGACGACAAUUUAUUUGUGCCGUUAAAUGUUAUAUACCAAUCAUGGUUUUUGCAUCC